AUGCUUUCUUAUAUAAAUAAUAUAUUGGAAGACAGAAGAAUAAAUAAAAGAACUCUUGCAUUUGGAAUAUCAUUUGUAUUAGCUGCUUUUGCAAUAACAAAAAGCUCAUUAGUUUAAAGGUUGAAAGAUAGAAUCAUGGGAUCAAAGGCUUCCUGUUGUUAAAGUAGCAAAGUUACAGAAAUACCAAAAAUUGAUGAUUCCGUUAAAGUGGAAACAAGAGGUACUCUUAACGUUGUAUAUGGGACAACUGGAGGUAACAGUGCUAGAUUAGCUGCUAACUUAAUUGCUGAAGCUAAGAAGCAUAAAUAUCAACCAAAACUAAUCCAUUUAGGUGAUUUUGAUGCUACCAAUUUUGUCAACAUGGAUAGAGCUAUUUUUGUUAUUUCUACCUACGGAGUAGGUGGACCAACAAGCGAUGCUUAAGUCUUUUAUGAUUGGAUUUCUUAAUAAUCUGAUUCUAAAUUGUUUUCCCAUAUGAAGUACACAGUGUUUGGGCUUGGAAAUAGCACUUUUGAAAAUUUUGCUGGUUUUGGAGUAAAAAUUGACUCUAAAUUAGAGGAAUUAGGGGCUAAAAGAUUAUAUCCUUUGGGAAAAGGUGAUGCUGCCGAAGAUACAACAGAUUAAGAUUUUAACAAAUGGAAAGAAAACUUAUGGAAUGUUUUGAACGAAUAAUUUUCAAUUCAAGAAACUACAUUGAAGGAAUUACGUAAGGCAGAAGCAGGUUUCUAACUCAAGAUGGUGUAAGGAGUUAACGAGCUUGAUUUUGAUAAUUAUACUUUUGAAGAAUAAAAAAUUGAAAGCAAGUUAAGAGAAUAUUUUAAUGCAACAAAUGUCCCAGUUAAAGAAAUUCGCGAACUUAGACAAAAACCUGAUGAAUCAAGUUGCUUACAUAUUGACUUUGAUAUUUCUUCCACUGGAUUUAAGUAUGAUACAGCUGGAAAUUUAGGUGUAUAUCCUGAAAAUGACUAUAAAUCAAUUCAAGACUUUGCUACUCUUUAAGGAUAUUCUUUAGAUGAUGUAUUUGUCUUAGAACCUUCAUAAGAAAGAACCAAAUUACCUUUACCUUCUCCAAUGAAGGUUAGUACCUUUUUGUCCAAGUUCUGUGAUUUGUUUGGUCCUGUUAACAAAACAAUUUUAUAGGGUUUAGCUGAUUUAAGUGGUAAUCAAUAGUUUAUUGCGGAUUGUGAAAAAUGGGUUAGUGAUAGUCAAGGCUUUGAAGAAAACAUAAGAGAAAAAAAUCACUCUAUCUUUUCUUUAAGCAAAUAAUAUAAGAUAAGAAUUCCACUCUUAAGCUUGAUUAAAAUAAGCAAUCGUAUAUUCCCUCGUUUCUAUACUAUUUCUUCCUCAAAUAAUAGUAACCCUAAAGAUCUCCAUAUGUGUAUUUCUAUAUCAAAAGUAAAAGACCCAUCAGGUACUCGUAAUGGUUAAGCUUCUUCAUUUUUCACUGCUUUAAAGUCUAACUAUUCUGGUAAAAGAGUUAGAAUUUUCCACCAAGAAAGUACAUUUAAGCUACCACAAGAUAAAGAAAAACCUAUAAUAAUGGUUGGUCCUGGUGCAGGACUUGCUCCUUUUAGAGCCUUCUUGUAAGAGAAAUAGUUCUUUGAGGAAUCCAAAUAAAACACUUAAUUUGGUGAAACCGUUCUUUAUUUUGGUUGCAGAGGCAAGAAGGUAGAUUACAUAUAUAAAAGUGAUUUAGAGGACUUUGAAAAAUCUAAAGUGUGCAAUAAACUUAGAUUGGCAUUCUCUAGAGAUGGUCCAAAUAAAGUUUAUGUCUAAGAUUUAAUGUAAGAAGAUUUAGAAUUAAUUGCUGAUCUUUUCUUGAAUAAGCAAGGAACCAUUUAUGUUUGUGGUUCUAAAGCAGUUGGAGAGUCUGUUAAAGAAUUUAUAAUAAAUAUGUACUAAGAAAAAGAAGGUAUGGUUCCAUAUUUGGCAUACUCAAAAAUCGCUGAAUUAGAAUCUGAAAAACGUAUAAUAAUGGAAGUUUGGGGUUGA